AGGAUCCUGGGCUGAUGCUACUUCUCGCUGAUUGCUUUGGUUUUGGUUUUGUCUAUUCUGCUUGUUGGUUUCUUUAAUAGAAAUUUGAUGCCGAUAGCAACUGUAUGUUGCUUUUCUUUUGUGUCUUUUCCUGAGGAGCUGUACACAGUGCCUAUAUCAAAUACAGAACAUGUUCUUCCUCCUGCUAAUGUUGAACCUAGGAUCGCAGCUUCAUCAGGCAGCAGCUUUAUUCACAGUGACAGUCCCGAAGAAAUUGUACACAGUAGACCACGGCAGCAAUGUGACCCUCGAGUGUGAUUUUGACACUAAAGAUUGUACAGAACCUGAAGCCAUAAAAGCCAGUUUUCAAAGGGUGGAGAAUGGUACAUCCUCCCCCAGCGAGAGAGCCAUUCUGCUGGAGGAGCAGCUGCCCCUGGGGAAGGCCUUGUUCCACAUCCCCCAAGUGCAAUUGAGAGACACAGGGCAGUACCUCUGCCUGAUCAUCUGCGGGCUCGCCUUGGACUACAAGUACCUGACUGUGGAAGUCAAAGCUUCCUACAAGAAAAUAGAUACUGGCAUCCUCAAGGUCACAGGGACAGAUGAGGUGGAACUCACAUGCCAGGCCAGAGGUUAUCCCCUAGCAGAAGUGUCCUGGUCAAAUGUCAGUGUUCCUGCCAACACCAGCUAUACCAGGACCCCUGAAGGCUUCUACCAAGUCACUAGUGUUCUGCGCCUAAAGCCACAGCCUGGCAGAAACUUCAGCUGCAUAUUCUGGAAUGCUAAGAUGAAAGAACUUACUUCAGCCAUCAUUGACCCUCAAGGUCAGAUGAAACCCAACAUCCCUACUACUUCUCUGCUGUUCAUUCUCAUCCCUUCCUGCAUCAUUAUUUUAAUUUUCAUAGUCACAAUGAUAGCCAUGAGAAAACCACUCUGCCAAAAGCUGUAUUCUAGAAAAGAUCUGAACCUAUAGUCUUAGGAGCUGGAAUGAUGAUACCACAUCUUCAAGAGUCUUCCAGAAACUGAACAAGGAUCCCUUGGCAAGCAGAGUUUGCCAUUUGCACUUUUCAAAUAUCUUUGGAUCACCCAACACUUUAAUCAAGAGCCUGCAGCAAGACUGGACAGCACCUAGCCAUGGUGUACUUAGAGGAAGGAACUCAAUAGCCCAGCCCUUCACUGCUUGGGACUCUUGUCUCUGCAGCCUGUGGCUCUGAACAAACACUACUGCACUUUAGAAAGUUACUCCAUGGAGGAUAGGAAUGGCAGCAGAACACAACAGACACUAGUAUGGUAGUAUGUAAAAAAGUGGAUGUGUAACCGAUGUGAUUCUGCAA